AUCAGAUUGGCAGUUGGCACAGGGAUUUUGUUUUUUGGGAAGGAAAGAGGGAAAAGACUCUUUAGGGAAAAGAAGAUUCAGAUGAAAUUGACAACCGCUAUCCAUCAUUAUUGGCUUACCUCUUUAUAGUUCAUAUUCAACCACCUCUUUUUAAUCUGUGCGUUGGCCUUUUGUUUUUUUGUUUUUUAAUUGGCAAGUUGCCUGGUUUUUCAUCUAUCCCAAUUAACAUAUAAACUAUUGGGGUUUCGUUUGUUGACCCUCGUUUCUCUUUCCUUUCUUUCAGACUUUAAGCCUACUUCAUUAAAUUCUCUCAAAAUUUUAAGCUUUUGGAUUUAUUUCUUCCGAAUCUAGCGCAUACCCUUUUCCCUUCUAAGCUCUCUCUCUCUGAACAUUUGAUAACCUUCUUUCAUCCCAACUUGUAUUUUGUUUUGUUUUGCAGUUUUCUUUGUAGACCCUCUUUCCCUUUCUUCUUUCUCUAUCUGGAAAAUUGAUUUUUUGUUUGAUUUUUCCCUGUUUGUCAUAUGAUCAUUUCCUCUCUCUCUCUCUCUCUCUCUCUCUCUCGGGGUAAUUAUCAGGUUUUCUUUCUUCUCCCCCUCUCCCAAAAAAUUUAGCUUUGGAUCCAUUUUCCCCUUGAUUUGAUAGCUACCCAAUCCCUCAAGCCUCUUUGGGUGUGAUUUGGAGAAGAAGAUGAUGAUGAUGACAAUGGAGGGGACUAUGGAUAGGGGGGUACUGAAUGAUAUAAUAAGAAGGCUGUUAGAGGGGAAAGGAGGGAAGCAGGUGCAGCUCUCUGAGGGGGAGAUCCGUCAACUUUGCGUCAACGCCAGGCAAAUCUUCCUCUCUCAGCCCAAUCUCCUUGAGCUUCAUGCCCCCGUUCGCAUAUGCGGUGACAUACAUGGACAAUACCGAGACCUAUUGAGGUUGUUUGAAUAUGGUGGCUACCCUCCUUCUGCAAACUACCUUUUCCUUGGGGAUUAUGUAGAUCGAGGCAAGCAAAGUUUGGAGACUAUAUGUUUGCUUCUAGCCUACAAAAUUAAAUAUCCUAAUGAAGUCUUCCUGUUGAGAGGAAACCAUGAGGACGCAAAGAUUAAUCGGAUUUAUGGGUUUUAUGACGAGUGUAAAAGGAGGUUCAACGUUAGGCUAUGGAAAAUAUUUACUGACUGCUUUAACUGCUUGCCUGUGGCUGCACUCAUUGAUGACAAGAUACUCUGUAUGCACGGUGGACUCUCUCCAGAGUUGCAAAAUUUGGAUCAAAUAAAGGAACUUAAAAGACCUUCUGAGGUACCAGAUAGUGGUCUCCUUUGUGAUCUGCUUUGGUCGGAUCCUGAUGCUAAUGUUGAGGGCUGGGCUGAGAGUGAUCGAGGUGUCUCAUGUACUUUUGGACCUGAUAGGGUUGCCGAUUUUUUGGAUAAAAAUGACCUUGAUCUCAUUUGCCGGGGUCAUCAGGUGGUGGAGGAUGGAUAUGAGUUUUUUGCUAAACGAAGAUUGGUCACAAUAUUUUCAGCUCCAAACUAUGGUGGAGAGUUUGACAAUGUUGGUGCUUUAUUGAGUGUCGAUGAAUCUUUAGUAUGUUCUUUUGAAAUAUUGAAACCACUUGAUACUAAAGCAUCAGCAAGUGGGUCUAAUACAUCCCGAAUGAAACUUAAAAAGCCCCCUAAAGCUGGAAACAUCUGACUGUUUGGAGACUCCUUGUUCGAAUAGGAGAUACGGCAAGUGACACAGCAAGCUUAGUUCGUGUUAGGGUUUGAAUUAUCAGUAAGACGAUAGGCUCUGUGAAAGAGAAUCCUAACGUUUUAUAAUAUUGGAGAUGGCUGAUGAAAUGAUUAUAAGAAAUGUAAAUUGGGAACUAUCUUUUGUGCAGACGAAGAGAUUUUAGCUUUAAACACCCUUUUGUUCGUUCACCUACCGUAUUUGCAUGUAAGUGUGCGUGUGAGCACUGAUUGAGAAUGUCAUGCCUUGAUUUUGGUUGAGCAGUAUCUGUAUAUGUAGUUGUUGGUGUUGUUUGCUCAGAUUCAAGAGGCUUCUUAUCGACCCAACACCUCUUAAAAUAGUGGUUUCCAUGAA